AUGAUAAACGUGUUCAGACCCCUGUUUGCGGACCCUACCUCGAGCAUCCCGGCAUAUCGCUUCGAGACCUCCGAAUCUCUUACGAGGGAUGUCCACAUCAAAGCAAUCCACUCUCACAACGACUACUGGAGAAAGAGACCACUCUUGGAUGCCUUGCUGUGGGGUGUUGUAAGUGUUGAAGGAGACAUUUGGCACUUUAAUGAAACUUACACUGUGAGUGAUACAGUUACGGAGACCACUCAGGAAUUCAAAAACAGUGAAAUCUACGUGGGCCACAACCAGGUGUAUUUGGCUCCUCAAAACACUCUCAACCUGCUAUACCUCGAUCCGCUUUAUUAUUUUCUUGGAGGGGCGAAUAAGGAGUUCUCUGUUCCCAUCCUUGAGAAGUUCGACUCGAAGUUCUCUGUGUUUUAUGACGCCCCGGAAGUUCCGUUGUUCUUCUGGCUAGACUUGAAGACAGAGGGCCAUGAGCUCUACGACAAGUUGAAGCCGUACCUUGAUAGAUUCAUCAAGAAGAACUACUUGGCAAGAUAUGAUAGCGCUAAUAACAAGCACCUUGACGGUCCCAUCGUGCUCACUUUGACAGGAGACGUUCCUUGGGACAUGAUUGACCAGGAACUGCAAUCGGGUCAGACACGCUACGUCUACGCCGACUGUCCCUUGCAGAACUUUUCUGACGACACUUCCGACGAGGACUGGAAGCGGUACGAGCGUUCGUGCAAACUCGCAAGUGCAUCGCUACAGCAAUUGCUCGGAGAAGAUCUCUACAAACUGGCAGUUCGUGGAGAUUUGAAAGAGGCACACCAAAACAAACUCAAACUGUACUUUGACAAAGCUCAUGAACACAAUAUCAAAACAAGAAUAUGGGGCGGCGUCGACUGGCCCAUUUACGUGAGAGACUCGCACUGGAAGACGCUCUGGAGCCUUGGGUGUGAUUUAAUCAACGCUGACGACCUCAAGGCCGCAGCGACGCUCUUUUAA